AUGGGCGGAGGAGGAGAGAAAGAGGACGGCUCUGCUCCCAGCACAUCGGCCUCGUCCCACGACGCUCCCAAGCCGCCAUCGAUCGAGGAUUUCCACAUCAUAAAGCCUAUCAGCCGGGGCGCCUUCGGAAAAGUCUAUCUGUCGAGGAAAAGGAGCAAUUCCAAGUUAUAUGCGAUAAAGGUGGUCAACAAGGCCGACAUGGUUGAUAAGAACAUGACCGAGCAGAUGAGGGCCGAGAGAAAUGCUCUGGCUCUAAGCAAAAGCCCCUUUGUCGUGCACUUGUUCUACUCCCUUCAAACUGCGACCAAGGUGUAUUUGGUGAUGGAGUACCUCAUCGGCGGAGAUGUGAAGUCACUUCUUCAUAUUUAUGGCUACUUUGAUGAAGACAUGUCUGUGAAGUACAUUUCAGAGGUGGCGCUUGCCUUGGACUACCUGCACAGGCAUGGCAUCAUACACAGAGAUCUGAAACCAGAUAACAUGCUCAUCUCUAACGAAGGCCACAUCAAGCUUACAGAUUUUGGCCUCUCUAAAGUCAAGCUUGAUAGAGAGCUGAAUCUCAUGGACAUCCUGACAACACCUUCUCUGGUGAAACCUAAGAAAGAUUAUUUUCGCACUCCUGGCCAAGUAUUGUCCCUCAUUAGUUCCCUUGGUCUUAACACCCCAGGGGCCGAGGGCAGACAUCAGAGGAUUGCGUCCACUGUGUCCAGCUCCAUGUCUUGUGGUAAAGAGGAGCAGCACAGGAGGUCAUUCUGCUCACCUUUUCUGAAGAAGAAGGAGCAGCUUAGCUCUCCAGCUCGCUCGACCCGGGUGCUGCAUACAUUCUAUACAAACAACACUUUGUUCAGCCCGGGUGCUCUGGCUAAGAGUCUCACUCCCAGACUGCUCAAAUCCAGAAGGAGGUUUGAGACCUCGAGUGCCAGCAGCCAGUCGUGUCUGUUCCCUUCCAACACUGAUUCCGAGAACUGUGUCAGCCCCUUGUGGGAGGACAAGCAGGAAAUUGAGGACACAGAAAACCUCCUUCAAGAGACUGAAGUAUUUGACAUGGAUGGUAAACCUACCAUUGUGUCAAAGCUUCUGGGAGAGAGGAUGGCUGCUGAACUCUUAAAAUCAGGCCGAAAUUCUGUGCUUAACAACGUAGACCUGAACGCAUGCUAUCAAAGAGGAAUGCAGGAAUUAAUUGCAGAAAAAGGGUCUAAAAAGAAAAGAUGCAACAUUCCUGAAGGAAAAAUGCCAUCAUUUAUUGACAAGGCACAUCUCAACCUCAAAGAAGGAAAACCAUCUCAACCCCCCACGGGAGAAGAAGGUCACUCUCUUCAACCUGAGAAAGAUGACAUGUUGACAGGAAGUGAGCAGGAAACCCAGCUCUCUUUACCUGUGAAAAGGGGGUUUGAGCAGGUUGAGAAAAGUCCUGACCAGGCUGAGACACCAGCCAAAAAGUGUAAUGCGGACUAUAAACGGGGUUUUCAGCUCCCAGAAAAUGAGGUGUCCAGCACAGGCCUAACAGGGGUGUUUUCCACAGUCCACUUGGGUAAUUUUGAUAAUGAAUUAGUGAAAUGCACGUCUCAAACAGAUGAACCUUCAGAAUGGCCCAACUCAGCCUUCACUGCAAAGAAUCUGCUGUGUGAACUGGAAGAACCGUGUGGGGAGUCAGAAGGUGUUGAGAAAAUCGCAACUGUUAGUAAUGACGUAGAGGGGGACUUGAGGAGGCAGAGCCUGAGCUUGGACUUGGACAACUCUGUUGAGGACAUGUCUAUUAUUGCAGUCCAUUUGGAGGAGGUUCCAGUGCUGGAGGGGGUAAAGGAAAGGCCCUUCUCUGAUACAGAUGAGGCUAACAUCUCUGAGAACCUUAACCAGCAGGACUUGUCUUCUGGGGCAUUGACCCCUGGGCCUGGUGACUGGUUCUCCCGCAAAGGUUUGCUAGAGCACACGUGCAGCCAGAAAUCUCCACUGUCACCAUCGUUCCUGAAGCCGAAGAAUGUGGUGGCCUUCAGGAGCUAUUGCAGCUCUAUCAACAGGUCCAACGUAUCGGCGAAUUCACGCAUGAGUGUAGGCUCCAUGGAUGUGGUGGACGUGUCCAAUUCAGCUUCAUUCCACAGCUUCCCCACUGCAGUGACACCAGUGCAGAAUAGGCGGAGCCUCAACUCCAACAGCUCGCUUUACCAGACACCACAUCAGGCGACCGCUCAAACCCCUUUCCGGACCCCAAAGAGUGUUCGGCGAGGUCCUGGACCUGUUGAAGGGGGACCAAUUCUGGGAACCCCAGACUAUCUAGCUCCAGAACUUCUUUUGGGAAAGUUUCACGACUUUAUGGUGGACUGGUGGGCACUGGGGGUCUGCCUCUUUGAGUUUCUAACAGGGGUUCCCCCUUUCAAUGAUGAAACCCCCCAGCUAGUCUUCCAGAACAUUCUCAACAGAGACAUUCCUUGGCCAGAUGGUGAAGAAGAGCUGUCGGCUAACUCAAGGAAUGCCAUUGAGAUUCUUCUUACUAUGGACAUGACCAAGAGGGCUGGCCUUAAAGAACUGAAGCAGCACACGCUCUUUGAGGGUCUGGACUGGGACAACCUCCAGAACCAGCCGAUGCCGUUCAUCCCCCAGCCCGACGAUGAAACGGACACUUCAUACUUCGAGGCGCGGAACAACGCUCAACAUCUUGUUGUUUCUGGUUUUAGUCUGUAGAGGAAUCCAUACUUUUUUCCUGUUUGUUUUGUUUUAAUUUGAUAUUUUCUUUCAAAGCUCCUAGGAAGUAAGACCGUUGAGGUCUUGUUAAUUAUGUUGGGCACUGAUAGAAUGAUACGCACCUCUGCUGAAGGUGUGAGAAGCAACCUUUGAGAUUGGUUUAGUUAAUCUCUUUCAUAGCACGAAACACUAAGCUAAUAUAUUAAUUUAUUUAAAAAUAAAUGAAAGAUAUUCUUAUAGAGGGGUGGGAAAUAAUCAAAAUGCAAAGCUUCUGCUUUUAAACAGAUAUCAGUAAAUAUGCUGAUUCUAAUAGACUUUACAGUUUAGUGU